UGUCCCGUCCACACUGAUCUCUGCGGAGCCUCUGCUCUUUUAAGUGGUGCAAAUACACACAUAUAUGCGAUUUGCAACAUUCAAACGAGUGGGCGCCCGACCUGUCCCUGGUUUAAAAAAAAAAAAAAAAAUUGUGUGUGUAGCUCUAGAGGAGAGAAAAAUCCCAACGAUAGCCAGGAGGAAAUGAGGACCAUCAUUGCAGCCCAUUCUGGAGUGCUGAGAGGUACUGGAGAGAGCAUCCUCUCAGCAUUGAGCAAUCUAUCGUCUCUUCCUUGGAUAGCCCGAUCCAAAAUAGAGCGGCACUUGCAAAUGCUCUCUGUUCUUCAAUGGGUUGUCUCCUUUCUAAUGUUGGGUAUCGUCUGCAGCAUAAUCCUGUUUUACACCUUCUUCACUAAUUGCUGGCCAAUUGCAGCUCUAUACUUGUCCUGGUUGAUCCUAGACUGGGAUACGCCCAACCAAGGAGGCAGGCGGUCAGCAUGGGUGCGGAACUGGACCCUGUGGCGAUAUUUCCGAGAAUACUUCCCCAUCAGAUGGUUGAUGCCCGAACUGAAACGUCGUCUGUCCAUUGUCCGAAAUCCACGGAACUGCGGAGGCUGA